AUGAUUCAAUAUAAAGAGAAAAAGAAGGGGCAAGAGACCGGAAAUUUAGCCUUGUUAUCCUACCCAGUAUUAAUGGUUAGUGAUAUUCUCCUCUAUGACGCCGAUUUAGUUAUUGUUGGCCAGGACCAAAAACAACAUUUAGAAUUAACUAAUGACAUUACUAGUAAAUUCAAUAAUUUUUGUGCCGCUAAGGUGUUAAAAAUUCCCAAAUUUUCCAUUCCGGCUAUUGGAGCCAAAAUUAUGGGACUGAAAAAUCCACAAAAAAAAAUGUCGAAAAGUGAAAAUGAUUAUAUUGCUUUAUUAGACAGUCCCGAAGUCAUUAAUAAAAAAAUUAAAGAGGCCGAAACGGACAGCGAAAAUAAAAUCUACUAUGACCCCACCAAAAAACCAGGCAUUUCUAACCUUUUGAUUAUUUAUGCCCUACUAAAUAACCAGCAAAUAAAAGAAGCAGAAAAAGAACUCCAAAACCUUAACUAUCACCAAUUUAAAUUGAAACUUAUUGAUUUGCUAAGUGGAAAACUAGAAGUUAUCCAAAAAAAAUACAGCGAUUACCUUUCCAAAGUUGGAGAAAUAGUGGAAAAAAAUAAUAAUUAUUUAAAAAACUUAGCUGAGAAAAAAGUAAAAAUAAUCAAGAAGGAAUUAAAGAUAUUGUAA